CCAGCAGGGAGACCAUACAAGUAACAUAUGUGUCCCCUGUUACUGUCUCUCUCAAUACCCCCUUAGGAUUGUGUAUAAACUGCUCUCGACGGACGCAUACCAUACAUUUCACGGAUAAAACCCUUAGUGCACAACGGCUUCUAACCAGUCUACUUUAAACAAUACAUCUCACAUCGAUCUAAACAUGGAUCCGGUUGCCCCUGUGCAGGAAGAUAUCAGGAGGGUCGGGCGGAAGGAGCUAUACACGGAUUUUGGAAAACGCAUGGAGUAUAUAAAGACGUUCCUGGAUUUCACAGACGACGACGUCGUAAUAUUUAAUAAAGGCUCAAAAUACCUGAAAACAGUUAUUCCGGAGCUCACCCAUCGUCUCUAUGAGAAGAUGCUGGAAUUCGAUAUCACAGCCCGUGCGCUCCGCACUCGAAGUACUACGUCCGAAGCACAAAUCGAGGACUUGUUCACAAUCGACAGUCCUCAAGUGCAACGGAGAAAGAUUUUCUGGAAAUGGUAUCUGACCAGAUUAUGCUCAGACCCCGGCCAGCCUUCGUACUGGGAGUAUCUACGAAAAGUUGGGGAAAUGCACACAGGAAAAGUCUUGAUGCAUCCAUUAACAAUAGAGUACAUCCAUAUGAAUGCUUGUCUUGGCUACGUGAAACAGCUACUGUUUGAAACAAUCUCACUGCAUCCAGAGAUGACAGUCAAGUUCAAGUUCGCUCUAAUCAGAUCUAUGAGCAAGGUCUUCUGCAUCCAAAACGAUCUAAUCUCCAAGUGCUACAUAAAUGAAGGCCAGGAGUUCGCAGACGAAGCAUUAAACACGACCAAUACAGACAAUGCACCAGCCAAAGGCAACGCGGACAAUGCAUCAACCACCACAGGCACCACAGAUAAUGCGUCAAUCGCUACGGGCACCACGGAUAAUGCGUCAAUCGCUACGGGCACCACGGAUAAUGCAUCAAUCGCCACGGGCAUCACGGACACAGCCUCGACCACAACCACAACCACAGACACAGCCUCAAUCACCAACAGCGAGGUAUCCUCAAUGCCCCAGGACAGACAAAGCCACCCCCAUUGCCUAAUCCCCGGAUUCAACACCUCGAGACCCAACUCAGCAGGGGAUACACAGAGCUCAAUCUCGCGAGACAGAAACGGAAGCGUCGAUCUGGACCGAGUGAUCUCGACAGCCGAAACGGCAGUGUCCUCUGACCGCCCAUCCACCUCCAGCAGUCAUCUAGUCACUCCCAGCGUUGUUCCAAAUCCAUCAGCAUUCGCGUCACCAUUUGCGGUCGGGCAUAUACAUAACUUCGAGACGAAAAUAUGGUCUUCUGGGAUGAAACAGAAAGGGUCCGGGUACAAGUAAAGUUACCAAGCUGAACAUCUUGAUUACAUCCCGAAAAUCCUUCGGGAUACCGAAUGAUACGAGCGUGGAUCUGCGAAUUCAAAUCCUGAGACCCAAAAGCAGUUACCGGAUGAUGAUUUCAAUGAGUGUCUUGAAAGUGCAUCGAUAGGCUCGUUUUGGAGUUUGUGUUUGGCCAUUAUCUUAUCACCCAUGUUGGUUGUUGCAUAUUUCCCUGUUAGCACUGUUUUUUAGUUAUAUACCUCUGUUCGUGUUCUCUCUUUGGUUUAAAACAGGCCCUCUCUACCCCAUAUGUUUCUUAUUGUUUUAGCGAGAAA